AUGCAUCAGGAAGCACCGAAGCAUUGCGAGCAUCGGAUAGUUGCCGAAGCUCUCCGUCGUCAAAGCUGCUGUUUGGAGCUGGUUCGAGAUCGACACCAGAAGCAACGUGUACAUGUCCAUGGGCAAGAUGGUUAAUACGACUUUCGCCGCGGCCCCUUCAGAUGAUCCACCCGGUGCGAGCAGAAUAGUAUCUGCAUGUGUCAAUCUCUGUAAUCAGAUUUCUUCUGCCGCAGCAAGGGUGACGAGUAACAUUAAGGCUUGUACAUAUUUGUCUGAUUUGGCUCAAGUGACGAGACGAAAGCUCGAGGCGGCUGAAGUUGGGCAGGCAGAAGAAGCUGUAGCGAGGAUUCAAGGCUUUCUGGAGUGUGGACUUGAAGCUGUGACGAGAUGUACGAUGUACGAUUGGACCUACUUGCUCAGCUUUCUCCGGUGGCAUAGUCAUGCUGAUAAGGAAUUAUCAGGGCUACGAUCGAACAUUCACGUUUACCUGUCUAUGUUGCUCACCACCCCGGCAGCAGCAAGGACGACGUGCACCGUCGCACCUCUCCCGGCGUGCUCGUGGUACUCUGAAUGCGAGAAGUGCAGACACUUAGCGCAGCGACAGGAGAGGCAUUCAAAGUUCCUGGCCGACCGCAAAUCGCUAGACUUUCUCGUCGUCGAGAAGAAGGGCAUCAUCGACGCGUACGAGCGGCACUACAUUUUCCAGGACUGUCUGGCCAUCGUCUGGGGGGACGUAGAUUCGUACUGGAAGAGGGUCAAGACUCCGGGAUCACUGUCCAGGAGCGUCGCGAAUCUGCGGGACGUCUGCUGGCUAGAGCUCCGAGGAACCGCCACGUGCCAUUUCGAGCCGGGCAGAUACACACUGUCGUGGCGGCUGCGCUGGGACGACGACGAAAGCAGAGUCUUCGGCUGGACGGAGCCCGUCACCUUCUCCUUCCACACCGACGCUAGCAGGCAAAGCGCGUACCGCCGGACGCCGGUGCAACCCGCAACGGUCUGCGACCUGCAAGUCCGCAGCGUCGGCGGCGGCUGGAAGGAGUACGACGUGGGGGAGUUUACCGUCGCGGACAGGGAGUCGGCCGUCGCGAUCAAUUUCUCGAUGCUCGAAGUGACGGGCGCCAGGUGGAAAGGCGGCCUCUUCGUGGACGCCGUCGUCAUUCAACCGACCUCCAGUCUGUCGGGAGUUCCCAUCCCCCGGCACGGCAGCGCCACUCCCAGUCACAGGCUCUUCCAAAGGCUGCCGUCCGCGACGAAGCCAGCUCCCAGUAACAGGCUCUUCCAGAGGUUGCCGUCCGUGACGAAACCACCUUCGUCGCAGAGGCGGCGCGACGAAUGAUGCCCUGGCUGCGACUGCGACUCCACCUGCCGCUGCUAUUGAUCCCCCCGUUGGGACGUCCAGCCCACUCUGGCACCUGUAUAAUGCUUCAUGACUAAUAAAUAACAACCAUUUUUUAAUGAAAUGAUAGGAAAUUAAUGUAUUUUAUAAGAAAUUUAGUAAAAUUUUUCAUAUAUUUUAAUGAAAAAAUAAAUUUUUUUAAUUAUAAGUACUAUA